AUGGACUCAGGAAAUGCAGGGUAUCGUGUACAGAGGGAGGUUAUAGAUGAACAAAGACUGAAAGAGCUAUCUCAGAGAAUGGACUUCUCCCAGACCAACACUCCCUUUUCCCAUCGGCUGAAAAAGUCACUCAGCUGUUCUGUACCCAGACUGAAACAUAGCAUCAUUGGUUUUUUGCCUAUUCUAUCCUGGUUACCUCGUUACUCCAUCUGGGAUUAUGGCAUGCCAGAUCUUAUCUCUGGCAUCAGUGUGGGCAUCAUGCAUCUUCCACAAGGAAUGGCCUAUGCAUUGCUGGCCUCUUUGCCUCCAGUGUUUGGACUUUACACAUCCCUCUAUCCUCCAUUAAUUUACUUUAUUUUUGGAACCUCCAGACACAUCUCCGUAGGCACGUUUACUAUCCUUAGUAUUAUGAUUGGAAGUGUAACAGAGAGACUGGCCCCUGAUGCAAGUUUCCUUAUUUACAAUGGCACUAAUGUGACUGAGGAGGUGGAUAUCAUAUCUAGAGACUUCUAUAGAGUACAGGUUGCUGCUGCCGCCACUGUACUGGGAGGUCUAAUUCAGGUUGUAUUAGGAUUGGUGCAGUUUGGAUUUGUCGGUACUUAUCUUUCAGAGCCGUUGGUCAGAGGUUAUACAACAGCAGCAUCAGCUCAUGCUGUAGUAGCCCAAUUAAAGUACAUCCUUGGAGUCUCACCCAAGCGCUUCAAUGGACCUCUGUCUAUUGUCUAUACUCUGGCAGACUUGUUUUGGUUGCUGCCAGAGACUCAUCUCCCAUCACUGCUGGUCAGUGUUGUGUCCAUUGUGGUUCUCAUCACUGCCAAAGAAAUUAACAACACAUUCAGACAAAAACUGCUGGUGCCCAUUCCAGUAGAACUUUGCACUAUUGUAGUGGCGACAGUUAUAUCAUUCUACACUCGGUUGAAUGCAAGCUAUACAAUUUCGGUUGUUGGGGAGAUCCCAAGUGGACUUGAGCCUCCUAGAGUUCCAAAUGCCAGUGUCUUUUCUGAUGUGGUGGUAGAUGCCUUUGCUAUGGCCAUUGUUGGCUAUGCAAUUUCCAUCUCUUUGGGCAAAACCUUUGGUCUCAAACAUGGUUACAAAGUAGAGAGCAACCAGGAGCUGGUGGCUUUGGGUCUCAGUAAUACAGUCGGAGGAUUUUUCCAGUGUUUUUCAGUUUGUUCCUCUAUGUCUCGAAGUCUUAUACAGGAAAGCACUGGAGGCAAGACACAGAUCGCAGGAGUGGUGUCUGGGGUGAUAGUACUGGUGACUGUGCUGAAAUUAGGUUCACUUUUUCAAGAGUUGCCAAAGGCAGUUCUUUCUGCCAUUGUCUUUGUGAAUCUGAAGGGAAUGUUCAAGCAGUACUACGACACAGUUACACUGUGGCGUAGUAGCAAGAUUGAUUUGUUGAUAUGGUUGGUGACGUAUGUGUCUACCAUACUCUUUAACUUGGAUAUGGGUCUGGGUGCCUCCAUGGGUUUCGCUCUACUCACUGUUAUCUUCAGAACUCAACGGCCCAGAUACUCACUACUGGGACAUCUCCCUGGCACUGAGCUUUAUCUAGAUAUGGAGACACACAAGGAGGUGAGGGAGGUACCAGGCAUCACCAUAUUUCGCUCCUCUGCCACCAUGUACUUUGCUAAUGCUGAACUUUAUCUUGAGGCGCUUAAGAAAAAGAGUGGCCUAGACAUCGGAAAAAUGCUCACCUAUAAGCGCAGACAGGAGGCCAAGCAGAGACGCAGAGAGAGGAGAGCUGAGCAAAGAGCACGAAGAGAGGCAAAAAGACAGAAAAAAGCUCUUAGAGCAGCCUCUCAGCGAUCCAAAAAUGCCGUAUUUUCAGUGGAAGAAGAGGCAGGACAGUUGAGGGAAAGAGAUGAAGACACACAAAGAGAGGGAGAGCCUGGCUGGAGAGAGCGAGAAAACAGUACAGUGUUUGUAAUGCCCUCUGAUGGCAAUCAUACCUGGGUAUACCUUAAGGGCACUGACCCUGAAACCAGCACCCUGGGGUCAAUGUCAGAUUUACUCGAUGGGGACACCACCACGAUGGACUCCAGUAGUGAGGACACUUUAAGCAGGGACCUGGAGAGGGUUUCUCUGGGAUCUCUGGGGAAGUGGACCUGGGAUAUCCACUCUAUCAUCUUAGAUUUAUCCACUGCUAACUUUAUUGAUGCAGUGGCCAUCAAGACACUACGGAAUAUAUUCCACGAUUUUGGAGAGAUUGAUGUGGAUAUUUACUUAGCAGGCUGUCAAGCACUGGUGGUGGAACAGCUUGAGCGUGGCGGGUUCUUCUCUGAUGACAUCACUGAGGGCCAUGUAUUUGCUACUGUGCAUGAUGCAGUUAUGUACUGUCUGAAGCAUCGAGUAGCUGGGACUAUACACAGCUAUGAGGAUGCUCUGGAUGUGAGUGGUACCCGACUAUAAGGAUUUUUGAUUUGUUCAGCAUGCUCCUCGUCUCAUUCACACUGUAUACACAAAAACUAGACCUCAGCAUUAACUUAUCUACUAGCAUUUUGGUCAGGAGUUG